AAAAUAGGAAAAUGGAUCGAUUUCUAUGAAAAAAAAAUAAAGAUGGGUUCUAGGGCUUGCAAUGGAAAGCCCAAAUGUAGGAAAAUGGCAGAGCGUGGGCUGGGCAAUCCUCAGCGGUUGUUGACAGUCGUCGCCUGGCCCAGAUCUGCAAGAAGACAAGGAACGAGAAGGGAUUAAAAAUUAGAAUUUUCACCAACUCACACUACCGACCAACAAUCAUCAUUCAUCACUAUCAAAUUAGUAGCAGAAACACCAAAAAAGGGAAAAACUCAGAGAAAAGGAAGGAGACUCACAGAAGAAGAAGGACGACAAAUGGGAUUUUGGCGCUAAUUGAUGGUGGGAAUUUUCCGGUGAGGAGAAAUGGGAAAAAUGCCGGUGACUGAUGAUGCUUAUAUUUUCGGUCUGCUUUGGAAGAAGUUGGGCAGUGGCAGGAGGCAGCACAAGAGGAUAUGGGCGAGCUUUGAAGAAGAUGGGCAAGAAGGGAGGGAGAAAAACGCAGAUCGGUUGCUUCAGAGAGAAAGAAAUGGGAGCUUCCAGGCUUUGCAAAGAAAGGGUGAGAAGCUAGCUUCUCAAAAGUUCAGCAAGUUUGGGAAGCUAACCCAUUUGGAUUCCAUUCAAGUUCCCGUUGGACCAGUUACGAGGGCUCGAACUAAGAAGUUCAAGGAAGCGCUUAACAGGCUGGUUCGAGAAAUAUGGACUCAAGCAAAUUUGUGUAGGCCCAUUGAGGGAAGUCCAUGUGAGCCUCAGAAUUACAUUAGCCUAAUCCAAAUUCUAAUAGACUCAGUCAAAGCCAAGGCUAAUCUUUGCAAAACUUCUGAUGGGAAUCAAGACAACAGCAUAUCUACCACGUCAUGUGAUCCAUUACACACCCAAGGAGGUCCAGUCACUCGAGCUAGAGCUAAGAAGAUGCGUGAAGCUUUAAAUGGCCUUAUUGAGCAGAUCUGGAGGCUUGUAAUCCUAAUUGAGGAGUCUAUUGAAUCUGAGAUUUUGAGAGACUUUUCUCUUUGGGUGUGGCGUCAACCAACUUUAUACCUCUGGUUCUUGUUGCGUCAUAGACAAUGGGUCAAGGUUUUUACCUUUGGUUCUUGUUGCGACAUAAACAACGGGUCAAGGUCCUAUUAUAAAUCUGAUUUAGCUUUCCUGGAGUUUAGAAAUCCCUUGUCAUGCUAUGAGUCUCAUUGUUCUCUUUGGGGUUCUCAUCACAACCCUUCCAUAGUUGAUUGUGGCGUCUUCUCCAUACCAAGGUUCUUACCUCGUCAUAGGAGGCAGCAACAAAAUUCUCCUGCUCGACCACCACCUAGGCAGAUGCAGCAAAGAGAACAUUGGGGUGACAUAGAAGAAGAAGAGGAGUUGGAAGAGUUAAAUGAGCCACCAUUGAACUGGGGAAAAGCAGAUCUGGAAGCCUAUCUUGAGUGGGAAAGGAAGGUGGAGUUGGUCUUCAAUUGCCACAAUUAUUCCGAGCUUAAGAAGGUGAGACUGGCAGCCAUUGAAUUUUCUGACUAUGCUCUUGUUUGGUGGGAUCAAUUGGUCAUAAAUAGGCAUCGGAAUCGGAAUCGGGAGCAUCCCAUUGAAACAUGGGAAGAGAUGAAGGCAGUGAUGAGGAAGCGAUUUGUGCCCAACCAUUAUUACCAGGAAUUGUACAAAAAGUUGCAAGGGCUUAGGCAAGGACAUCGGAGUGUAGAGGAGUAUUAUCAAGAGAUGGAGAAAGCCAUGAUUAGAGCCAAUGUAGAAGAAGACCGAGAGGCAACCAUGGUGAGAUUCUUUCAAGGAUUGAAUCCAGACAUCCAUGACUGGGUGGAGAUGCAACAUUAUGUGGAGCUAGAAGACAUGGUGCACAUGGCCAUCAUCGUAGAGCGACAGCUCAAGAAGAGAGGUACAUGUGCUGGCCAUAACCCAGGGUCUAAUCCUUGGAAACCAAGUUCUUCCAGAAAGGAGGACAAGCCACAAACUUAAUUCUCAAGCACUAAUCUGAGCAUAAGAGUAAGGUUAAACCCCUAUUUUGGUCCCUGAACUAUUGUACGGACCCCGAUUUGGUCCCUGAACUAAAGAAAUCCCUAAUUUGGUC